AUGCUUCCUUUUGUCUGGCUUUUUUUUUUCCGUUUGUUUCUUCUCCUCAGGAACCCUGACGCCCUCUCAUCCUGCUGCAUCCACCUGCUAUCAUCAGAAAGCGCUCUUCUCGAGCGAGUAGUAGCGGUAGUAAGAGAGUACGACCCGGACAUACUGCUGGGGUGGGACGUGCAAGGGGCCUCCUGGGGGUGGCUGGUGGAGAGAGCGCAGCACCUGUGCUUCACCCAACCUGUGUCUUCUGCUCCGAUUCCUUCCCCGUCUUUCCACCUCAGGAACCCCGACGCCCUCUCGUCCUGCCGCAUCCACUUAUUGUCCUCGGAAGUUGCUUUGUUAGAGUGCCUGGUAGCAGUGGUGAGGCAGUAUGACCCGGACAUUCUACUGGGGUGGGAGGUGCAGGGGGGCUCCUGGGGGUGGCUGGCGGAGAGAGCGCAGCACCUGGGCUUUAACCUCCUCAAAUCGCUCUCCAGAGUGCCGCCUGUGCAUGAUGUGAGGGUAGCGCAGGCAAGGGCGCCGUUCAAGUGUGACACACCUGAAGCACCUGCCUCGUCAGUGCCACCAGCUCUGGUGCAGUCACAGCCGGUGCAGUCACAGCCGGUGCAGUCACACCCAGUACAGUCACACACCCCACAGUCACAUCCAGCACAGCCAAUCCCGUUACAGUCACCGCAUGCAGCAGUCACAUCCGAACUGCCCUUGGACUCUCAGGACAUCUCCGCGACCCCCUUGCAGUCCCAGCGGCACCUCUCCCCAUCUUUCCCUCCGAUGGGCCCUUCCCAGUCGCCAGUGUCACCUCCUCUUGCCACUGCUCCUCCUGACGCUGCUCUAUCUGAUGCCGCCACUCCUGACACCACUCCACCUGAUGCCGCCACUCCUGACACCAGCUUAAAUAUCUCGCAGCAGCAACAGCAGCAGCAGCCAGUUGGCUUAUCGCCCAUCCACUCUUCUCCCCCCAUCCUCUCGUUUCCACUCUCCCCCUCCCAGUCCGUCCCCAUACCUCAAGACAUGAGCGCAUGGCACCAUGAGUUCGGAGGAUUCGCCCUCCCCCCUGCACGUGCAGCAGCUGCUGUGCCUGCGGAGGCAUGUGUACCGAUGAAUUCAAGCACAUAUGGUGCACAGGUGCAGGCCCAAACGCAUAUGCAUAUGCAAGCACAUUCGCAGGGGAGUAGAGGGAGGCAAGCUUGUGCUGGUCCUGCCUUGCUGGCAGAUGACCCUUCCACGUGGCGUCUCCUCAUCCCUGCCACGUCAGGAGUGGGAGCAAGUGGGGGAGCUGGUACACGAUGGGGAGCCGGGGGAGGAGUGGGAGGCGGAGGGGGAAGGGGAGAAGGGGGAGCGGGGAAAGGGGAUGAGAGACUGAAUAGAGCCGAGCUGGCGCGGGUGUUUGGAAUCGACUUCUUCUCGGUGUUGUCACGGGGCUCCCAGUACCGAGUGGAAUCCAUGUUGUUGCAACUCGCACUCUCCCAGGACUGCCAUCUCUCGCCCUCUCCUCCCUUUGCCGCUCUCAGGACUGCCAUCUCUCGCCCUCUCCUCCCUUUGCCGCUCUCAGGUCAAUCGCACAGCCGAGCUGGCGCGGGUGUUUGGAAUCGACUUCUUCUAGGUGUUGUCACGGGGCUCCCAGUACCGAGUGGAAUCCAUGUUGUUGCAACUCGCACUCUCCCAGGACUGCCAUCUCUCGCCCUCUCCUCCCUUUGCCGCUCUCAGGUCAAUCGCACAGCCGAGCUGGCGCGGGUGUUUGGAAUCGACUUCUUCUCGGUGUUGUCACGGGGCUCCCAGUACCGAGUCGAGUCAAUGAUGCUGCGACUCGCACACUCCCAGAACUACCUCCUCAUCUCACCCUCACGCAUGCAGGUAACCGCGUGUUGUGUGUGUCUGGUAAACCAUAUUACUAUAGUGGCUGUGGAUGAUGCUGCGACUCGCACACUCCCAGAACUACCUCCUCCUUGUUUCACCUCCCAGCUGUCUACCCAGCCCGCCCCUGCAUGCAUUCCGCUGGUGAUGGAGCCGGAGUGUCGCUACUACACCAGCCCCGUGGUGGUGCUUUCUCUAUCCAUCCAUGCCUCCUCUGCUGAACAUCCUGCCUACUCCUCCCUCACAUCACCUCCCUUGUGCACGUCCUCUGCUUACUUCCUGUCCACUCCUCCACCACACCACCUCCCUCCCAGGUAUCCUCCCAGCCCGUCCAGCGUGCAUCCCUCUGGUGAUGAAGCCAGAGUGUCGCUACUACCCCAGCCCCAUUCUCUGCUUUCUGUCCUCCCUCGCUUCUCUUCUCCAUCCCUCCUGUCAACUCUUCCUCCCAGUGGUGGGGGGAGCGUGUCGUCAUUUGAAGGGCGACCUGCUGCUGCUGCCCAACGCAGGGAUGUAUGUGCCGCCCAAGGCGUGUUACCACGGCUGCUGAAGGAGAUCUUAGCGACCCGAGUGAUGGUGAAGAAGGCGAUGAAAAAGCUCCAACCAGGGAGUAAACACACCCGAGUGCUGCACCGCGUGCUGAACGCACGGCAGUUUGCUCUCAAGCUCAUCGCCAACGUUACUUACGGGUACACCGCAGCCUCGUUCUCUGGCCGCAUGCCCAUGGCUGAGCUGGCUGACAGCAUUGUACAGGCGGGGCGAACAACUCUGGAGAGGGCAAUCGCGUUGGUGAACAGCCACCCAUCGUGGAAUGCACGGGUGGUGUAUGGCGAUACUGACAGGUGGGUGGCGACACUGACAGGUGGGUGGUUGUCGCUCAUGGUGGAAGGGAAGCAGCGCUAG